AUGGCAUCCGAAGACCCUUUCACUUCAAUUAAAUGGGACAGGGAUGAUGGCAACAAAGCCAAAAAAGACCAAGAAACUGGAGUCAUCCCUGAAGAAGGUCUUCCGGAAGUCCCCGACAAUGAGGAGCCAGGUCAGUUGGCUCUCGAACUGGACCAACCAGUAGAAACUUCCACCCUUGCUCUGAGAGAGCCGCAGGUUGACGAGGAACAAUUUCAAGAGCAAAAUGAAGGGGGAAGCACUCUUGAGAGUACUGCCGAGGCGCGUGUCAUGGAUACCACAUCAUCUCCUUCUUCUACGCCACACGGGUGCGACCUACCUGAAGUUGCAGACAAGGAAGAGCCCAAGCUCCCUGUUCCGACAGAAGACGAGUUGAGGCAGGACGAGCUCAGACAGCAGGAGCUCAGCGAAGCUUUCGAUAAGUUUACCAUUGAUCUGCUGGUUAGCCAUCCUAUCAGUGAUAAGGAUGCCAGCGCCAAACAAUUCAUUUCGUACCUCAUCACAACCACAACAGACCAUCCACUGGUAACAAAGCUUUCGAGCGUGAAGUCAGAUGAAGGCUCGGAGACCGUUACCGUAAAAAUCAGGAGGCGUUACGGGGACUUUAGGUUCUUGCACAACUGCUUGAUCAAUGACUUUCCCCAAUCUUUAGUACCUCCUCUCCCUCCAAAACUGAAUUUCAAAUAUCUUACUGGCGACACUUUCAGCACAGCAUUCGUGCACAAGAGACUACAUUCUCUUAAUACUUUCAUCAGGUUUAUUUGCCAACACCGGUAUCUUUCCCAACUGUCCGUUUUUCAUCAUUUUAUUAGUGAUUCUUCAGAGUGGUCAACUUUUACAAAAAAUCUUUCUGUUUCAAAGAAUGCUUCACCGGAGGAAGCAGAAGGAACCGGCUUUAUGGGUAAGGUUGUGAACGAGGAUUUGCUUACUGAGACUGUCAUGAAUUUCUUCACAUCAUCAAAGCAUAAGAGGGAGACGAACAAGGAUAUCUUGGAAAUAAGCGACAAGCUUAAGAAGCUUUAUGAGAACCUUAUCAAACUAGACAAGAUAUUCGGCAAACUUAAUCGAAAGCACAGUGACUUGAAGCUUGAUUAUGAACAGUUUUCUGUCCAGAUUAAUAAAUUGGCCACGAUACAAAACGUUACGACCCAUGCUAACGAGAAUUCAAAAGUCGAUCCAAAUAAGAGUCUCAACUCGCUUUCAGGUGACAUCCCGGUAUUUCAGAACAACUUCAAAGUGUUUUCAGAUUCGCUUCUUUUCUUUUCAGAGCAUUGGUCUUCCCUUCAUCGCUAUGUGGACGAAUCUUUCUUGGUGUCAUUGAAAGACUGUGCUAAAUACAUUAUUCGCUUCACGGAACUAAUUGAGCUUCAACACAACAAAAAGAUUGAUUUGCAAGUUCUCCAGGACUAUUUGGUCAAAGCACGAGCGGACUUGGCCAGUUUAGGGGGAGCUGCUAGUGGAGGUCAUGGGCCAGCUCCUACACCUGUAAUGGUAAGUCAACAGAGAGGGUUAGUGAACAACACUACUCAACUAAUCAAAGAUACAAUUUCGACUUCAGCCACUCCUCAUAUUGGCUCAACCCAUUCUGACAGCAAGAGAUUCAAACUUCAGCAAAGGGUCAGUCAGCUUGAGAGCGAGAUCAAAUCUCAAACGCAGCUUGUGAACCAUCUAACUAACCGUAUUAUCAAUGAAGAAUAUCCUAAUUGGGAUAGGUUUAAUAAGAAGUUGUUGAAGAAAUCGAUGGUCGAGUUAUGUGAUCAAGAAAUUGACUUUUACAAGAAGCUAGCAGACAACUGGGGCGAUGUUGAAAGCAAGCUCAUUAUGAGAUUAGAGGAACUUUCAUGA